CGCUCGCUCUCAAAAAGCUCGCACGCACGCACGCACCACCAACACCGCACCGCUCCUCCUUUCCCUCAGACCCACCCACAGCCACAACAGCAUAUAUCAUCAGUCCGUUACUCGUGUGCGGCGCCGGCGGCUCCUGUCUUCAACGUACCUACGUGCCGGCCGGCGGCAUGGGGAGGUCCCCGUGCUGCGAGAAGGCGCACACCAACAAGGGCGCCUGGACCAAGGAGGAGGACCAGCGCCUCAUCGCCUACAUCAAGGCCCAUGGCGAGGGCUGCUGGAGGUCCCUCCCCAAAGCCGCAGGGCUGCUGCGGUGCGGGAAGAGCUGCAGGCUGCGGUGGAUCAACUACCUGAGGCCGGACCUCAAACGGGGCAACUUCACCGAGGAGGAGGACGAGCUCAUCAUCAAGCUCCACGAGCUGCUCGGCAACAAGUGGUCGCUCAUCGCCGGGAGGCUGCCGGGGAGGACGGACAACGAGAUCAAGAACUAUUGGAACACGCACAUCAAGCGCAAGCUCCUGGCCCGCGGCAUGGACCCGCACACCCACCGCCCGCUCAAUGCCAUCGCGGGGGCCGCCAUGCCGGCGCAGCAGCUCCGGGCCGCGCACCAACACCAGUACGCUGCUGCCACACCCGGGGGCCACCACCUCCAGCCGCAGCAGCAGGAUCCCUUCGCGGCUCUCUCCAGCUCAGCCGAGCCCGCCUGCAGCCACAGCAGCGACGACGAGCCGGCCGGCUCCGCCACGCCGCCGCCACCGUCGCGACGGCACCUCGGCAUCGACCUCAACCUCUCCAUCAGCCUGGCGCCCUACCAGCCGGGCGACGACCCGGCGGUGAAACAGGAGGCAGCAACGACGGCGAGCCACAACAAUGCAACAACGUCCACGUCGGCGGCGUGCAUGUGCUUGAACCACCUCGGGUUCCAGGGCGCCGGCGAGGGAUGCCGCUGCGGCGGCGCUUCCUCCGUGCCCAUGCAGCAGCAGGCCAGCACGCAGCACAUGUUUAGAUUCAUCGCACCGCUAGAGGGCGGACGCCAAUAGUAGCACUAGCAACAGUAACAUUCGGACAUAUAACUAAAGCCACACAUGGUUAAUUAUUAAUUAAACUAGCUAGCUCUCUGUAACAUGUUCAUGAGGAAAUUAAAUCUACUACUCCUUUCCUAUUA